AGAUGCGGUGCAUGUUUUCAAUCGGGCGUAUGAAUGCUAUGAAUGUGUUCACGUUGCGAUUUUGAGUCGUCCUGCCGGUAGUGUCCCAAGUGAAAGUUAUUGAAGAAUAUUUAUGUUAUUUGUGUGUCAAAAGUCGGUGACGAUUUCAGUCUUCAGUCAUAUUUGUUAAAAGUACUUUGUACACGAUUGAAAAUCGCCGGAUAUCCAAUCUUCAUCUCUCAUACGCACCAAUUGAACUCAACAGGAAGUUUUUCUCCUUCACCUUUCUUCUGUGUGUCGGCUCGUGUUUGUGAGUCAAAACAUUACGCCAGCGGAAAAAGCAAAAUGUGCAGCGAGGCCAUCAACGUUGUGAAUGAACCGCCAAGCUCAACCAAUGCAGCUGACUAUGGUUGCAAUUUUAGGAUAAUCGAUUGCAAUGAUCAGAUUCGGGAACUCCAAACAAUUAUCAGAGAUAGAAACACCACGAGGAGCGACUUCAAAUUCUACGCAGACCGGCUGAUUCGGCUGGUGAUAGAGGAAAGCCUAAACCAACUGCCCUACACAGACUGCUCCGUGGUCACACCCACCGGGGCGAUCUACGAUGGACUCAAAUAUCGAUCCGGAAAUUGUGGCGUCUCGAUCGUGCGAUCGGGUGAAGCGAUGGAGCAGGGACUGCGCGAUUGUUGCCGAUCGAUUAGGAUCGGAAAAAUUCUGGUGGAGUCGGACGCAGAGACACACGCGGCGCGGGUGGUGUACGCAAGGUUUCCAGAUGAUAUAUCGAGACGACAGGUACUGGUGAUGUAUCCUAUCAUGGCCACUGGGAACACCGUAAUACAGGCGGUGAACGUGCUAAAGGAUCACGGCGUUCCCGAGACUGCAAUCAUCCUGUCGAAUCUGUUCUGCACACCGGUGGCCGCCUCGAUGGUGGUGACCGCGUUUCCCGACAUGAAAAUUCUGACGUCGGAGCUGCACCCCGUGGCACCGAAUCAUUUUGGCCAAAAGUACUUCGGCACGGACUAAUGGGCUGGGGCAUCCUUUCCCCCCAUGCGCCCCACGACUAGAGCAAUAGGUUACUUAGAACUCUACGAACAAUGGGUACACAGAAGAAGGUCUUCUCAUUCUUAACUUAUUUAUUAGUAAUAUUAUAUAUUUCUCGCGAUUAUUUGUGACGAUUAAUGUGUAUGUCAUAGCACAAUGUAAAAUAUUGUUUGAAGUGUCAGAUGUUUACUUUUAGUACGUAGGCUAUACAGUGUCAGACAGCCAGAGAAAAUGAAACUGAUUGUGAGGUAUCGUAAAUAUAAACUAGUUCAAUGAUAAGAACAUCAAUUUGAAAAAAAAAUGUUUUUUAUUUAUCUGAGAAAUUCAUGCUUUGAUUCGAAGUUUCUUUCGCAGGAUAAAGAAAAACAUAGGUUGUCUGUGUUGUCAGUAUGGUUUAUUAUAAUAAAUUUACACCAGUUUAAUAAUUUA